AUGAGAGAGGAAACUGUAGCUGUGCUGAUUUACCUGAGGAAGCUUCUGAAUAAGAUCGGGAAGCUGGAUUCAUACAAGGUUGAGCCAUUCCUUGAGAGCCUUGGAGUCUCACUGCAAGAGAAGUUCAGAGGACACUGGUACCCUGAAAACCCCAGCAAAGGACAGGCAUACAGGUGCAUCCGAGUCAACAGGUUCAGCAGAGAGGAUCCAGUGCUGCUUCAGGCCUGCAGAGAGAGUGGAGUUCAAUACAGCGACCUGGGACUGCCCCGUGAACUCACGCUGUGGAUAGAUCCUGGGGAGGUCUGCUGCAGAUAUGGAGAAGGAAGUAUGUUCUUCUCACUGGCCACUUUCUCUACAAAGGUGGAAGACAAAGGGAGAUCACACACUCACCGUCUUACCACCAACACCAGGCACUGUUCCAAGAAAUUGAACGGAAAUGCUUCCGAGUGGUAUCCAAAAAAAAUGGUACCUGUGAAACAGUGACAUUCAUCCACUGCCUCAUUGACGUUUCAGGCCUCACGGGCAAA